UCAACAUCUCACGCAUCACAAACUGCUCGAGAUCUGCUACAAUGGUGAGCUUCUGUCCUAUAUGUGGGAAGCCUGUUUAUUUUGGUGAGAAGAAGAGGUCAUUGGGACGGGAUUAUCACCCGUUGUGCUUGAAGUGUCACAAGUGUAAAAGACAGCUAACAGCUGGCCAGCAUGCAGAGCACGAUGAGAAGCCAUACUGCACUAACUGCUACAUGAGAGAUUUUGGACCCAGAGGCAGCCGAAAACCUGUUGCUCGGACCUUUAACACGGCUGCUUCUUAAGAGAGAUCUUGCAGUCUUGAGAAACACGCACCAUCUAGAUUUACAAACAACAACAGACCUACAGUAUCUGCUUUACACUGCCACGCACAGCAAACCACUGUAAAACACUGAUCUGUCCUGACCACAGAAUAAAACACAACUCCACCCCUUUGAGUCCAUUCGUCAUAAACUCAUUCAAAUAACCAGAACCUGCCAAAUCAACAGCCAUCCACGUUGGUAUUCUCUCAGGGAAAUGAGCUACUUCAUGUUUUUAAUUCUUUUGCCAUGAUUUCACAGCUAAGGCACCUAAAUAUUGUACAUUCUUUUUUAAUUAGGUUGUAUCUUAUUCCUUAGAAUGAGAGAUGUAAAAAUAUCAAACUAUAUAUAAAACUAAUGUUGGUGUAGGAGGCUCUCAUGUACAAGCAUCAUGUGUUUUUGGUUUAAAAAAAGUCAAAGUCAAGACUCUGUAUUCCGUUAAUUAAUCAAUUAACAUGAAACAAUGUAAUUUUUGUGCUCUAUUAUUGUUGUUCUUUUCUGGGAUUUUGAGGAUCAGAGGCUAUAAAACAAAGAGUUUUUUCAUGAGGCAGUAAAUGUAUCUACAAAGCAAAAAUUACAAUAAUUAAUCAUUGUGUCUAUUAGUUAGAAGCAGAAGCCUACGUUCCAAACCUCAUGGUGCAUAAGUGAUGGCUUUAUCAGUUUUUGUUAGUUCAGGAAGAAUACAUAUUUGAUUUUAUCUGGGUUUCUUUUUCUCGUUAGUUUGUUGAAAGGAAGUGUCACUCAGAACUGCCAGCUAGCAUGUCAACUCAUUGAAUCAGUGGACUAAUUUAAUUUCUCUUAUCCUCAAAUCCAGAAAAUAAACUGAAAAAAGAAUGUAAUAGUUAUUAUGAUUUUUAUGGAAGGUUUUUUUUUUUUUUUUUCCCAGUUGAAAAUUGUAAUAAUUGAAGAUUUAUACCUCAAAAUGUAAUUGCCUACAAUUGGAAUAUAAAUUAUUGUUUUCAUCUUG